AUGUCCGAAGAUCCUAAACAUCACGGAGAGCCUGGGAGCCAACAGCUCUGCAACGAAACAACUGGUAGUAGCUUUGAUUUUACCAUGGCGUCCACCGAUGAUCCUUUCAACUGUCGUCUUCAGUUUACACGCCUCCUUUCGCGCCUUAAUGCUUCUGCCGGCGCGUCGAAACAAUGCGCGCAAUUCGCGCUGAAAAACAAAGAGCUCGACGAGGACCUAUUCAGUGUCAUUUUAGAGCAACUUCAAUCUGAGGAGUGCACUAUGAACACCCGCGUCAAUAUGCUCUACUUCAUUGAGGUUCUUUGUGAUAUGAGCAUGAAGACUGAGUACCGGGGUUACGUGAAGAUGAUCCAGAGAGAUCUCAUACAGAUUGUCGAUACCGUUGUUCCAAACGAUCCGGAGGGCGCCGCAAAUGUGGGAACUGUUAGGAAGAUUCUUCAGAGCCUAGGGAAUAAGGGAGUCGUGGAGAAUAGUAUGAUGCAGGAAGUGGGCGAGAUGUUGUCGGAGAGGGAGGCUGAACAUAAGGCUGCAAUCGCAUCUCCGGCCGAAAGUAUCUACGAUGACGACGACGAGGAACCUGGCGGCGAGGGCAGGGGUCCGGCCACGAAGAGGAAGUUCGACGAUGCGAUCAUCCAACAGCGAAUGGAAGAAGAUCGAGAGCGUCAUAAACGUCUGCGCGAGAACAUCUGGGCGGUCGGAUACCCGGAGUGGGAAGGCCACAACCCAGAAUUCGAAAAGGCGUGGGACCAAACAAGCGACCUGAAUCCAGACGACUACGAGAUCAUGCGCGAAGAGAACCAGACAUUGGCUUCUUCAAUCGCCUAG